CUAAUAACGUCCACUGCAAGUUUUAGUGGCAGUGCUUGACCUAAAAUAGUAGUACGAAUCAUUGAUAAGUUGGAUGGUGAUUUUUUUUCAGAUUAAGAAAAUGUGAGAAGCUGUCUACUGUGUAAAGGUUAGAAACGUCUGUCAAGCCUAAAGGACUAUUUAUUUGUCUACAAUCUGAACAUUGUGGAGUAAUUAACGAUAAUGGGUUUAUUAACGGUGCUAAAAAAAUUGAAGCAGAAAGAAAAGGAGAUGCGAAUUUUAAUGUUAGGUUUGGACAAUGCGGGCAAGACAACAGUGUUAAAACGACUUAAUGGCGAACCAAUAGAUACUAUAUCGCCUACGCUUGGCUUUAACAUUAAGACAUUGGAACAUCGUGGAUACAAACUCAAUAUAUGGGAUGUUGGUGGACAAAAAUCAUUGCGUUCAUAUUGGAGAAAUUAUUUUGAAUCUACAGAUGGUCUUGUAUGGGUAAUAGACAGCGCAGACAGAAGGAGAUUGGAUGAUUGCAAAGCAGAGUUAUAUAAGCUUCUGCAGGAGGAAAGAUUGGAAGGAGCAAGUCUUCUUGUGUUUGCCAAUAAACAAGACAUGCCUGGUGCAUUAUCUGCAUCUGAUAUAGCGGAAAUUCUGGAAUUACCUAAUAUAAAAACUCACCACUGGCAAAUUUAUAAGUGUUCUGCUGUAACGGGUGAAAAUCUAGUGGAUGGCAUUAAUUGGAUUGUUGAUGAUAUUGCAGCAAGAAUAUUUUAUUUAGAUUAAAAUAAAUUCAAAUUUUUAUAUUUCUUACUUUGUUAAAUGUAAAAAUGGUG